CCGUAUCAUAUAUAGAACGCUUAUAGUGCACAGAAAACGUAAUAUAUUUUUAAUCAUAUUGGUCAAAUCAAGCUGGUAAAAACCAAAAACCAUUCAUUCAAUAUAUCUGAUCGUAACGGUAUGACUACACUUUAUAAUCGCCAUCAGCCUAAUACACAGGCUAAUCCGCUGAAAAAUAACCAACAUCAUCAGCAGAAGAAAGAGAAACAGCAACCGCCUCAAACGCGGUCAGAAACUAACAUCACGCAAACACAGACGCAAACGGUGCCUCCCACCAGAGCGAAUGCGGCUGCUGUAGAAUUGAUAAACAAGAUGAACACUGACAGUAUCAACAGAGCUAACCAGAGUAUCGUUGACCAAUUGAAAAAGCAGAAGUUGAUUCGAAGCAAGGAUGUGAGAGAUCUCUAUCUUUCCCAACUCGACCUCACAGAAGUGUGUGACCUGUCCGAGUUCAAGAACCUCAGACGAGUGUGGCUGAACCAGAACCGACUGCGAUUCGUGUCCUUCCUGCCCGGCAACUUCCGACUCUCCGAAUUGCAUCUGUCCGACAACAGCAUCGUCACAAUCCAGAACUCCCUUAGACACUUGACGGGUUUGCAGACUCUUAGUUUGAACAACAACCAGCUGAGCAGAAUGGAAGAAACGGUGGCUGAAUUGACCAACAUGCACGGUCUUCACAACCUCAAUUUAUUCCACAACCCCCUGACGAGUGAGCCUCAGUACAGAUCUUACGUGAUUCAUCAUCUACCUGAAGUGAUUGUGUUGGACCGGUCUCUCGUGAUGGAGGACGAGCGUUUGUUGGCUAAGCGCACAUUCGCCCAGGAGAGGAUGCGCAUGGAAGACUCGGUGGGGUUCGGUCGACUGAUCCGAGAGAAGCCGAGACUGAACAGACUCGACAACGGAUUAGUCAUCGCACCACACAAGGAAAUUGGCAACAACUACAAAAUGCCACCAAUGGGAGACGACGAAAAAGCGGCAGCUAAACGAGCCAAUCAGAGAACAGUGAUGGAGUUCACGCGAUUUGAUUGGUCCAAAGUUCCCCUAUCUGAGCAGAGGAGACUAGACCCGGAUGAAGAUUACGAAGCUCAACUAAUUACUGUUCGAUUCCAGUAACUGGAUAUAAAUUUAGCAUUAGUCAUCAAAUGAAAAUAAAAUAAAGUCAAAUGAUUAGCGCU